AUGGUCUCCGAGGGCGCCAUGAUGUGCCUCUCCCUCGCCUACGUGGCCGACAAGGUGCCCGAGGGGCGGCGAGCGGCGGCCUUCGGGGUGUUCUCCGGCGUCUGCACUGCCGGCUUCGUAGGCGGCACCAUCGCGGCCCGCUUCCUCUCCGUGUCCUCUACGUUCCAGGUGGCGACGUUGGCGUCCGUUGCUGCGGCGGUGUACCUGAGGGCCUUUGUCCAGGAGACGGACCGCGGAGCGUCGCUGCUGCGCGACGAGGAGGCCUCGCGCCUGCUCUUCCCUACCUCCUCUAGCCCCGAGGAGGCGUCGCCGAGGCUCCCGCAUCUCCGGAAGGCGCCGUCGCUGUCGGAGAUGGCCACCCUUCUUACCAGCAGCUCAACUUUCACAAGAGCAGCGGUCGUCACAUUUUUCCACAGCCUUGGCGAAACAGGCCUGCAAACUGCAUUACUGUAUUUCCUGAAGGCCCAAUUCCACUAUACCAAGAACCAGUAUGCUAAUUUGUUGCUUAUUAUUGGCAUUACAGGAAGUUUCUCACAGCUGACCAUGAUGCCUUUCUUAGCGCCGAAGCUGGGUGAGCAGAAGCUACUUGUCGUGGCACUUACAGGGAGCUGCGUGCAUGUCCCUUAUCUUGCUGCAAGCUGUGUGAUUCUAAGCAUUUUGGUCGGCCCUUGUAUAAGGAGCAUUGUAUCAAAAAAAGUAGGGCCUUCUGAGCAGGGAAUGGUUCAAGGCUGUAUUACAGGAAUCAGCUCAACUGCAAGUGUCAUAUCUCCUCUAGUUUUUACUCCGCUCACAGCAUGGUUCCUAUCAGAGACCACACCUUUCAACUUCAAAGGUUUCAGCCUGGCUUGUGCUGGAUUUGCUACGUUGGUGGCACUCAUAAUGAGCAUUAAUAUGAGGCCAGCAGAGGUUCAGCCAGAUACCAGAUAG